AUGUCCGGAAAGUUAUUCAAGAGCUGCAGGAGAUGCAGGCAGCAAAAAGUGCGAUGCGACGCCCGCACCCGCAUGCCUUGCUCUCGAUGUCGCGCUGGCGGGUAUGAGCACGAGUGUGUCCUCGAUACAAUCAGCAGGCCACGCCCGGCGGAGAGGAGGCAUGCGGGCAAUGCGGCUCGUCAGAGGAAUAACUUCGGAACCGGCCUGGCUGUCAGCCCAAGAAGCAACAUUUCGGUGUCGAGCAACCACAUUGAGAACCUCGAGCUGCAGCAAUUUAGCCCGCAAGACAUGAUCGCGCCGCAGUCGGUUAUGCAUUCCAUGUCCGUGAAUAUGAGGGAGAGCUCGCCGAUUUUCCUGGGCGAUUCGGACGUGUCCGAUCCGAAGGGCGACAUCAUCUCGCGGGGCAUUAUCAGUGAGGAGGACGCGAGAUGUAUCUACGAAAGGUUCAUGAACUGCAGCAAGAACUUCAUACCCCUCUUCGACCCUGUCCGAGAUACUUUCGACUCCGUCCGCUCGCGAUCGCUCUUCUGCUUUACGGUGAUUGUUUACCUGGCGAGCCGCGCAGCUUCAGACUUCCGCAGCAAUACCCAUUUGCAGCGUGUGCUACAAGAUGAAGCCCAGCGACUAGCGGAAGAUUCUUUCUUCGCCAAACCGACCAAAUUGGAGACUGUCCAGGGGAUGAUUCUGCUUGCAGCGUACUCGGAAAAGACAUGGUUUUCCACGGCACUCAUUCUGCGCACAGCCCUUGAUCUAGGUCUCGAAAAGUCCGUUGACACUCUGUUGGCGCAAAGCGCACCGCCGAGAAGCUACCUGUCGGCGAAAAUGGAGGAUCGACAGCUUGUAUGGCAGACACGUACAUGGCUUAUCUCGUCUACAUUGGAAUUGGACGUCGCGAGUGGAACGGGACGAAAGUCGCGGCUGGGCGAUGUCGAUAUCUCGAAGCUGCGGAGAUUCCUAGACUAUCCCCUGUCGCUUCACUGUGAUAUGCGCACCGUCUCCAUUAUCGAGUAUCACCAGAUACGAACUAGAGGACGACAAGUAAUAGAGAACUCGGCAGCUUCUACGAUCAUAUCCACCGAACUACCAGCAAUCAUGCGGAAGCUGCAGCAAUGGUGGGAGGAAUGGGACGAGCUGCACCAUCCCGCUUAUUGUACUAGAAAAUGCGUUUCAUCCCGGUGCGUUCCAGCGGUCAUCUCUGAAGCUAAUGCUGAACUAUGCCAAGCCAGAAUACAGAAAUUGCAACAGGCACCCGAAAGUGCUCAAGCUGUUGACUCUGGUGCCGUACUCGGGCUCUGGAAGUCAUUGGUGGAGGUGAUCGAGAGUCAAUUGACGCUACUGGUGACGGAGUCCGCAUACCGAUGUCAGUUAGUGUGGGCCCCGACAUACCCAGCUUUAACUAUUGCGUUCAUUACAACGUUCGCCAUCAGAGUAGCGCGAUGGCAUCCUACAUUGAUCAACCGGCGCUUGGUGUUACAGCGCGCUCGACAAAUCCUAGAUUAUCUCAAACAACCCCCAUACCCAGACAUCCACAGAACCGUCCAGAUAUUUGUCAACUACGCCGGAGCACUUCUGGCGGAACAGGACCUUUGUAGUAAUGACAACGGGCAAUCCGCUGCUCAGCCGUCGAGGACCCCAGACGUAAACAGCACCCCUCGCUCGGAGCUCACCACUGGCAUGCCAGAACCAAUGCUACGGGUGGAAGGGGAAACCGACCUGACCGCUUCUUUGCCUCCAGAGUCAAGACCAGAGCCGGUCCUACCCCGGCUUUUGGGAUUCGACAUCCCAAACUGGAACCUGACUGCCCCGAUAGCUGAUUCGUUCGACCUGUUUGAAGAAGGCCAAACAGACAUAUUUGACUUCCUUCCGGACCUGUCCCGGACUUGA